GUGGAACACAGCAGGCCAGGCAGCAUCUAUAGGGAGAAGCGCUGUCGACGUUUCAGGCCGAGACCCUUCGUCAGGACUAACUGAAAGAAGAGACAGCUCCAAAAGGAAACAUCACAUCCUUCCAGACAUUAAAAGCAGCCCACUUCCAAGGACAAACACCUCUCCUGUAAAGGCAAGUGGACUUCUCAAGGUAUAGAAUAUCCAGUAGCCCGCCGGUUCUCAACUACACAGACAUGGAGGGGCAGAAGCACCACACCAAUACGGCAAUGCACAAUGGAUGCUUGGACAUCAGCCCCGAGCUGGAGAGAUACUACCUGCCAACCGUAUAUGGAAUACAGUUUGUUCUGGGACUUCUAGGCAACCUUAUUGUCAUAUGGUUUUAUCUCUUCAAUCUGAAAGAGUGGAAGUGCUGCAACAUCUAUCUUUUCAAUCUGUCCAUCUCUGACCUGCUAUUCACUUGCACCCUUCCCCUGUUGAUAUGCUAUUAUGGCAGUGGCAACCAGUGGGAUUACAGUGUCCCCACCUGUCAAGUAAAUAAAUACAUCCUCCACUUUAACAUGUACGCAAGCAUCCUGUUCCUCACUUUCAUCAGUUGGGAUAGGUACCAUCUAGUGAAAAAUCCCUUGAAGCUUCACUUCAUACAGAAAAAGGAGAAUGCCAUUGUUAUUUGCAUAGGCAUCUGGGUAUUUGUUACACUAGAAUUAAUUCCCAUUCAUAUCUUUUUUGAUCACAACGAUCACAACAAUCACAACAGCUCAGACAAUAAGAACUAUAUUUGCUCUGACUAUGCCAGUUCGGGAAAUGCCAAGGUGAAUUUGCUUUACAGUAUGUACCUGACAUUUGCUGGGUUCCUCAUCCCACUGAGCAUCAUGCUUUACAUGUACACCGGAAUCUCAGGCAACUUGAAGAAAAUAAGGCAAGAAAGAAGCAAGAUCCAGGUGAAGAAACCUCUCAGGAUGGUCAUCUUGGCCAUCAGUAUCUUUAUCGUGCUCUUUACCCCUUACCACAUCAUGCGCAAUGUCCGUAUCAUAUCCCGACUAAAAGGUGUGACUAUGUCCGAGUGCAGUAAAUCCACCGUGAAGGCCAUUUACACCAUCACCAGGCCUGUGGCUUUCCUCAACUCAGUCAUAAACCCGAUUUUCUACUUCAUGGUGGGUGACAAAUUUAGGGAGAAUGUCAUAGGCAAGGUACAAGAAUUCUUCUUGAGAAAACCUGGGUUCUCAAAUAAGAAAGAAAAUAAUAUCGAUCAACCCUCUGGGUUUACAAAAGGCUCAGAUGAAUUAACUCAGUAACAAAAUAAAGGUAUCAACAGCCAGAAGCAACAGAUUCAGAUUCAGACUCAGGAUCAGUAUCAGUAUCAAUAGCACUUUCAGUAUCAGUAUCAGAAUGAAAAUCAGAUUUAAUUUGACAGGCAUUUUAAAUACUUACUGCCCCUUACACCACUGGCAUUUAGGGCAGCAAUGAAAGUCUUCUAUCUCUGUUGUCCACACUAUCUCAUAUAGAUACAGUAGGAUUCUUCAUCGCUGUUUCUGAGAUAACUUUGUUUUACUAGUCAGGUUUAGUAGCCCUGAGCUGAACCCUUGUACCUGGAGGAUCGGUGGACCAUUCUUAGUCGGGCCUCAACCCCCUGACCUGUUUGGGAUGGGUGACUUUAACAAGAGCCAAAGCAUAACGCUCUGACUCCAGACAACAGAACUCUUUGGGUCAUUAAGGCACACAAGUCUCCAAGUCCAAUGAUAAGGUUGUAGUCCUCUUGGAGGAUUACUGACAUAUAGGAUAUGAAAUUUCUUGUUUUUCAGCAGCAGUGCAGAGCAAAGAUGUAAAAUCACUGUAAACUACAAAAUGAAAUAUUAGUGCAAAAUACAGGGAAUAGCAAGGAGGUGUUCAAGGGUUUGUAGACCAUUCAGAAAUCUGAUGGUUAGAGGAAGAAUCUUCCAGCAGUUUGUCUGUCUGGACCCUGUGAGAUCCCUCAGCAGUUUGUCUGUCUGGACCCUGUGAGAUCUCUCAGCAGUUUGUCUGUCUGGACCCUGUGGGAUCCCUCAGCAGUUUGUCUGUCUGGACCCUGUGAGAUCUCUCAGCAGUUUGUCUGUCUGGACCCUGUGGG